AUCUCUUGGUCCGCCACGCCAUAACGUUUCUCCUUUCGCGGAUCUUUCUGAGACUCAUUGUCAAGUGUGUCUGCGACUGUUUCUCCAAGUCUUAUUAUACAUUCCUUUACUAAUUGACGGAACUGUCAACGUCAGUUCCGAAAGACACCAGCACAAGCCACUUAUUUGAUCUAUCCCAUCCCUCGAUUGACGCCAUGCCUCUGCUCAAACGUAAACAGUUCCCUCUUCUUCCACCUCCCGCAUUAGAUUUAGACAGGAAAGAGGCAAGGAAACGUCUAGCGUGGUAUUGCAGAGUCACAAGCGAAGUCUUCACAGACUAUCCGACUUAUCUUCAACGUUACUCUCUGUACAAAAGACCUAUAUGGCAAUGCGAAUCGACUGGUCGAUCGAACCUCACUUAUGCGCAAGCCCUAGAAAGUGAACGAUUAGAAAAAGAACGCGUCCAAGACAAAUUAUCAGGACAAUUGCAGAAACGCGUCUUGGAGCGUGUGCAGUUUCAAACGGGGCGCCUGGACGCGGUGGUCGAUGAUGUCUAUAAUUAUUUCCUAGAACGAUACGUACCUGGAGAGACUGUUUCUUGCUUAUGGGACGAUGGCAUCAAUUAUACAGCGAGGAUUUUAGACAUAUAUCCAGGCAGCGACGAAACGGUCGUGAAGGAAGAAGACGAUGGCGAGACAGAAGAGUCUGCUGUAGGAGGGCGUUAUCGCGUUCAAUUGAUUGACGAGUUUUCUGAAGGCAUUGAGGAUUGUAUCAAGAUCGUGCCCAAGACAGAAUUGAAGCGAGAUCGUCUAGCCUUUUCCAAGAAUUUGCUAAAAAAAUUCAUCAGAGAAUGCACAACCAAGGACACAUAUAAUGGCGCUCCUUGGGUGCUGAAGCCGGAAGUGGCGGAAAGAUUUGAUCUGGAUACAACACUGCCGAGCUCCUUGCAGGAAGCCAAAGAUCUAGCCUAUUCGAAAUCAAGAAAGAGAAAAGCCAUGGCAACGGAUCAGAAGCCUGCCAAAGGAACCAUUCCAGAAGAAGUGAAGCCAGUAGAGGUGGUGAUAAAAUAUCCGAUCGAAGACCUCGAUUUACCAUUUUACAAAACGGCAAUGAAACAAGCGACGUUGGAUGAUGCGAAAACUUCAGGCUCCAGUUUCAUUCCUGCUCGACCACCAACGUGCCGUGACAGCACCAUACCAAAAGAUUUUUUCGGUUCCUUUCUUAUGGUGUGGUGUUUCCUCAGUACCUUUGCAAAACCGCUUCAUCUUUAUCCAUUCAAUCUCGACGAUUUCGAACGCGCUAUGCGCCAUAAUUCGAUGCAUAUUAAAUCACAUAUCCUAGUUGAAAGCAAUGUCUCUUUGCUUAACGCCAUUAUCAGUCAACGACAUAAAUCGAAAACGAGCGGCCCAUCCAUCGCUAGCACCUCACACACAAACUUGAUGUAUCCUCCAUCGCGGAGCGCUACUCCUGCCACUCACGAUGAAUCAGCACCUCCCAGUCAGUAUGCGAGCGAAGAUGAACAUGAAGAUGAUAAAUCAGCGUGGACAGCGUCGAAUCAAAUGCAAGGGCCAGACACGGUUUACGGCAAUGAAGAUGUUUUGGAGAUCGCCCAAGGUUGGGACAACAAUGCGAUUCCCAUGAAAAAUGAUCGAGACGGUUGGGAGGAUGUAUUGAUUGGCUGCAUCAACGAGUAUGCGAUUCUUGAAUCUGGAGUGGACUUCAAAAGGAUCUUGGGUCAGCUAGUGCCACACAGCAAUUCUACUUUGGAGGAACGCCAGAAAGCCUAUUUGAACCUCAAUCUCAAGGACAAGAUACAGAUAUUCGAAUUGCUGGUACAUCAGGUCAAUGAAAGCGCCUCUAUCAAAGAAUACAUGGAAGAAUGUCAAGAGCAACUGACAGAGUUACGAAAACUAAAGAUUGAACUGAGUCGUGAACGUAAACGCAUCUUCGCAGAGCGAUUAGAAUUGGAGAAACGGGCUGAAGAGAACACUCCCGAUUCACAUGCAAGUGAAAGCGAAGCCGAUCUUGAUGUCAGUGACACGGACUCUGUGGAUCUCGACCGAGCUCAGCGUCAAGUGGAAGAAGCCUCACGUCACGAAUCACGGCAAGAGGUUUUGAAAAGAAAGCAAGCAGAGAGAGAUGAACGGGAGGCGAAGCGGAUAAAGAUGCAUCACCGCCGACGAGAAGAAGCACGCGCACGAAAUCAGGAGCUUAAAGCGCGCGCAAUAGCACGAAGGAGAUUAGAUGAAGAUGAGAGGCACUUGCAUAAGAAGGAAGAGCAGGUUGAACGCGAUAUGCGCAAGUAUACUACUUUACGUAUCAAGCCCCUCGGUCGAGAUAAAUUCUAUAAUCGCUACUACUAUAUGGAUAAUAUCGGAGGGGCCAGUGCUCACGGCACUGGCAAGCUUUUCAUUCAGAGUCCCAGUGAGAUUGAUCUUUUGCUGCUUAUGGAACGUGACGAGCCAAAAACGGUUGAUGCUUUAGAUACCGGUGUACCGAAUACAAAUGGGGGUCUCGACUUUGUGUGCCGAUUGAUGAAACAGCAAGGAUUGGAGGACGAGAGUGAAUUUUUAAUGCGACGGAUCGAAGAGUUGAAAGCAAGACCUUUGUUUAGCUCAUCAUCCGAUUGGUGGGAAUUCUACAGUGAACCCGAAGAUCUGGAAAAGUUAUUAGACUGGUUAAAUCCGAAAGGUAUCCGAGAGUAUAGGCUGAAGCGCGAAUUGGAGAAGCACGUGCAUAGCUUAACCAUCGGCAUGAAAAAGCGGGCUACAGAACAAAAUCCAACUCGAGCAGAGGUGCCACGUCGAAGCACUCGCAGUAAAGCCAUGCCUCAAGUCGCUCCCGGAUCAUGGCUUGCUUACACGAACAAAUACGCCAGAUAAUCAACAGUAAAUACGUUGUUAGCUCUUCCGAGCCACUCAAAAUGCCAAUCAACCUAAACCAACAGCAUCAUACUUAAUAAAGACUUGUAUAUACAAUAGCUUUCGGCGGCUUGAAGCAAAAAGUAAUGUACUAUAGUGAUGGCUUCAGUACCGAGUAGGAGGGUCCCGAAAAUAUUCAUGCGAGUUUACUUGGUCAACUACAGUACCUGUUUCGCCUUGGUCUUACACAAAGAAACUU